UCUACUUCUACCUACUCUACUGGCUACUUGCUACUUGUUUGUGCGUUGUGAUUGCGCCGGGUUGAUUAUUUCUAUUUUUUCCAACAGUGCAACAACCGAAAGAUAAAAGCUAUCAUUAGUUGCACAGUCUUCAUAUUGUAGUAAACACUCUGUUUACAUCGUUACAGUAUAUACCAGAAGGACAGAUAGUAAGCAAAUAUGAAGAAUAAGAAAGAUAAAGGUAAAAAAUCAGCCCCAAAACAAGAAAAAUCUUUGACCCUAAGAUACAUAGUGUUCACGGUGCUAACGGUACUCCCCGUUGCCGCGGCCUACUGUGUGUUUCAUGUAUUUGCUGCUCCGCCACCUGUGCCGGAGAUGGACAUCAACGCUUGGUGGGGUCCGUACCCCAUCAGUCAGAAACCUGAUGUCUCCAUCAGACCUUUCAAAAUUGAAUUCUCUGAUGUGAUAGUGAACGACGUAAGAGAGCGCCUGCUCCACCGGCGUCCCUUCACGCCUCCCCUAGAAGACGCUGGCUUCACAUACGGUUUCAACUCAGACUUCCUGACGCGAGUGCUCGACUUCUGGCAGAACAAGUACGACUUCAAGCAGCGGGAACAGUUUCUCAACCAGUACCCCCAGUUCAAGACUAACAUACAGGGCUUGGACAUCCAUUAUUUGCAUGUCAAGCCGAAGGUCGAUGAGGAUUUGAAGCCAGUGGUAGUGCCACUGUUACUCCUUCACGGCUGGCCGGGUUCUGUGCGAGAGUUCUACGAGAUGAUUCCUAAACUGACCACGCCGCGAGCGCAGCACAACAUCGUCUUUGAGCUCAUCAUACCUAGCCUGCCGGGCUUUGGCUUCUCGCAGGGCGCCGCUCGACCCGGCCUGGGCCCAGCCGAAAUCGCCGUAGUAUUCCACAACCUAAUGCAGCGUAUAGGCGUGCCCAAGUACUACAUCCAGGGCGGAGACGCAGGCCACACUAUAGGCUCCAAUAUGGCUACAUUAUUCCCGGAGAACGUACUGGGAUUCCAUACAAACUUCCCCGCGUUAAUUUUCCACCCGUACGCGCAUGUAUUUAACUUUUUGGGUAAAUUCUGGCCCAGUCUUGUUGUGGAGCCCGAGCUGCAAAGCCGGAUGUACCCGUGGGGAGAGAAGGCCAAGCAUCUCAUCGAGGAGUCCGGCUACAUGCACAUUCAAGCGACCAAACCGGACACUAUUGGCACAGCACUGACCGACUCCCCAGCUGGUCUAGCCGCCUACAUCCUCGAGAAAUUCUCCACAUGGACCGACCCCGCCUUCAAGAAAGCUGGCGACGGAAACAUACUCUCCAAGUUUUCGUUGACAACUCUGCUGGACAAUGUCAUGAUCUACUGGACUUCCAACUGUAUCACUACUUCUGUACGGCUGUAUGCGGAGACAUUUUCUAAGAAGCAGCAAAGUCUGAGGCUGGAUGAGGUACCAACGGAAGUCCCAACCUGGGGCAUCAAGUUCAAACACGAGCUGGUCUUCCACCCGGACCAGUUCCUACGGCUGAAGUACAAGAGCUACCUGCACAGCACCGUGGUGGAGGCUGGUGGCCAUUUCGCAGCCUUGGAGCACCCUGAUAUCCUGGCUGAUGAUGUGUUUGAGGCUGUGGAGGCGUUCCGGCACUUCCAUGCAAGAAACAACCCAGACCAAAAACCGAAGACAAUCUACGACUUCACAGUAAAAGACAUCAACGGGCAAACCGUAAAACUGGACAAAUACAAGGGCUACGUCACAAUCAUCGUCAACGUCGCCUCCCAGUGCGGAUACACCGACAACCACUACAGAGAACUCAACCAACUGUACGACAAAUACGCAGCGAAGGGUCUUCGUAUACUGGCCUUCCCGUGCAACCAGUUUGGUAACCAAGAACCGGGGAGUCUUAAAGAAAUCCUAACCUUUGCUAAAAACAAAGGAGCCAAGUUCGAUUUAUUCGAAAAAGUAGAAGUGAACGGAGACAAUGCUCACCCGUUAUGGAAGUUCUUGAAAGAGGUUCAAAGUGGAAUGCUAACUGAUGCUAUAAAAUGGAACUUUUCAAAGUUCAUAGUUGAUAGGAACGGGGUGCCCGUGGAGAGGUUUGGGCCUAGCACGAGCCCUUUGGAACUGGAAACGUAUUUGGCUAAAUAUUGGUGAUGAGUUUUACCGCUGGAACCUGGACCAUUUAAUAUGAGGUUUUUUUAUAGCAAAGACUACUGUGUAGUCAUGAAUCAUUCUUUUAAACCUAGCUAUGGAGGGGAUAGGACUUAAGUGAAAGUAUCUCAAGACCUCUAUUAACAUUGUAUAAAUCUGAACAAGCAUAUAAGUGGGUGUAUAUUUAAGUGAAGUAAAUGUGUAUAAUACAACCAAACCUAUUUAACUUUAGAACAGUUAAGUAGCAUUACCUCGAAAUGGAAAGUAAACCAAAUGUUAAGUUAUUUAUAUUUUUCUCGUUUAUUUCUCACGAUUUGCUUGAAGCAAACGUUACGUAGGUACCAAAGCACAUUUGUAUAUAAUAAGUGUGCAUUUAUUUUCAUUAAGGCGAGGUAUGUUAAAAGCGAUUUUUGAUGCUCUCUAUUUCAAAAGCUCCUUGAAAUAAAUAUAAUCGAAAAUAUUACUUAUUGGCCUAUACCUUGCUUUCAGCACAGGCCAGAUUGACAAAAAUAAACAUAAUACCUACCCAAAUUGUAUAUGUUGAGUGGAUUUGACCUGCACUCCUGUUGUUUUUUUUUUUGUACGAGAGCAAUAAACAUUUUUUACGUGAAAUU